UAUAACCAACCAAUGCCAUCCAUGUCUUUCCUCUGCUAUAAAUAACUCAAUCAAACCCAGAGAAUUUAGUUUCAAUCUAUGCAUUUUCUUUGCCAUAGAUCUGAGGCAAAGAAUAGUGGAUUAUCAUAUCUUCACCCACAAGAUCUUUGGUUCAUUCAAGUCCCCAUGGCUAUAGGUUCUACAACAGUAGAGGUGAUAGCCUCUGUUGAUCCCAAGAGGCUUUGGAUGGCCUUUGCUAAGGACAGCACAAAUUUUCUUCCCAAAGCACUGCCCAAUAUCUACUCUAGUGCUUCCAUCAUUGAAGGAGAUGGAGGAGUGGGAUCCAUCAAAAAAUUCAACUUCACAGACGCAAACAAGGAUCUGUGGUAUGACAAGGAGAGGGUGGAAGAACUCAAUGAGAAGGAGCUGUUAUACCGAUAUUCCACACUGGGAAAAGGAGUGCUGAUGGAUGAGAAACUCAAAAGUGGCAAAUUUGAGAUGAAGUUCAAUCCAAUAAAAUUUGAUGAUGGUGAUGAGUGUCUGCUUGUAUGGACUUCUGAUUUUGAGACAUUCUCUGAGUCACCACCCUCAGAAGCUAAGAUUCAAGAGCUCAGGGCUGAAGUUGUUGCUAUGGUGAAGAUGGUGGAGUCAUAUCUUUUAUCAAAUCCUCAAAUGUAUAACUGAAUCAUCAUAAUUCUGUUAAUUAUGUGUUGUUUAUAUAUCAUGCCAAGAAGGUUUUCUGUUACAGAAAGUUUGGCAUGUUAAUUUAUGUUUCUAUAUUCUCAGGACAGUCCUUUGUUCGGUUUACCCUUUCCUAAGAAUUGAUCAUGUUCUGAUCGUUCUAAUGGACGUGGAAAACCAUGAAAGUUGUAGAAAUAUAAAAUUGUAACUGGUUGAAAAACAUAAAAGUGCAAAUGGCUUAAUGUUGUUAAUCUUACAAGUAAAAACGAGACUCAUUAUCAAGAAUUAUUAAUUGAUAAGAAAGGGGAUAUUAUAGUUACAAUAGUCAU